GUCUUCACCUGGAGGAAAGAGGCGAUAUUUGGCCCAGGUUAGUAAAGCUGAAUGAGAAGACGAUGGACAACCGGACCGAGAAUCCGACGAAGGCAGCGGGCUACCUGAAGGAGCUGAAUAAGAUCAUAGAGACCCAGCAGACGCUGCUGGAGCGGCAGAAGAGGCGCAUCUUUGAGCUGGAGCAGCAUGUGUCCGACCUGUGCGCCGAGAACAGCCGCCUGAGACACGAGUACCAGCGGCACCUGCUCUCCUGCAGACUGCGCUGCAUCCAGGAGAACAGCCCGCUGCAGCAGUCAGAAUAUGGCAGUACAAGAAUCGUCAGAAGACAUGCCUCUCUUCCUGUGGAAACGACAGACAGUCCCGGCAGCCUCAGAUCAGCCGUGUGCAGGAGAACUGUGCCAAACCGACAGUGGAAGUCGGCAUCCUUCGGGUGUGUAAAUGCUUUGCACCAGUACUGCUGUCCCACGCCGCUGUGCUCUAAGCAGCUAGCUGUACCUGCUCCUCUCUCUGAGUGCAGGGAUGAUAGCGUGCUGCAUCAGUUCUGCUGUCCUCCGUCUGGAAGCAGCAGUCCUUCAAGAUAGCAGGAACGACAAGGAUCUGUCCUCUCUCACAAAGCGUUCGUCCAAAAGAGCUCCAUGCGUCCAUCCAUGCAUCUGUGUGUCUCUGGGGGAAUAAACAUCACUGUGUGUGCCGUUGCACUCACAUGCAGGACAGACGGAAAUCUUUCUGCAGUAGUUCAUUUACAAGUGCAGUCUAUAAGCGCUGGAAGAACACAACUGUAGCGCUAGAACUCAUGAAUAGUCGAGUGUUGAACCUCAAAAGUGUACCUCUAAUACAAAGAUGCAGAACUGAGUGUAUUUUGCACAGUGUGGAAGAGAACUUCAUUCAGUACUCGGAGUGAUGCAUGAAAUUAAAAAGCAAUAUCUAUUUAAGAAUCGAUGACUGUAUUACAGCUGUGUUUGCUUUGCCUGAUAUCAGUAGCUUAUUGUC